ACGUUCUGUAUUCGUCAGAUGGGAAUUGCUCAAAAAAAGUAUUAACAAUUGAGAAUCAUUCAACACUCAGAGAAUUACUGUUCAUUUUUUUCUGCCUCAAUAAUAGCUAGUACGUUAACGUACAAUACCCUCUUACUGAAUAUUCUUAUCCCCCCUCUUCCACAGAUGGUUCAAUCAAUAAUGGAUGCCAGUACAGAGACAUAGCCCACUCUAAACCAUCAAGAUGAGUGAGUUGAAGGACUGCCCGCCUCUAAAGUACUAUGACUUUAAGCCAGUAGAGCAUGUGAAGGUGUGCCCCCGCUACACUGCAGUGCUCGGGCGCUCAGAGGACGAUGGCAUCGGUAUUGAAGAGCUGGACACACUGCAGCUGGAGCUGGAGACUCUCCUGUCCUCUGCCAGCCGUCGUCUCAGAGCUCUGGAGGAACAGAGACAGAUCCUCACAGACUGGCAGGAUAAGAAAGGGGACAAGCGCUUUCUGAAGCUGGGAAAGGAUGCAGACCUUUCAGCCUCAUCACGUCACAAACCUAAGAAGCAGAAACUCGAUGGAAAGGGUAGUCACGGGCCUGGUCCUGGGCGACCCAAAUCCAAAAAUCUACAGCCCAAAGUCCAGGAGUACGAGUUAAGUGAGGAUCCACAGGACAUUCCCCGUAAUCCUAAGAACGAUGCCCCCAACAGAAACAACUUUGAAGAUGACGACCACAAAAUAUUUUGGGCAUCAGUAGAGCCAUACUGUGCUGACAUCACAAAUGAAGAAAUCCGGGUUCUGGAAGAACUAUUGAAGCCCCCGGAUGAUGAGGCUGAAUACUACAAGAUUCCAGCAUUGGGGAAACACUUCUCUCAGCGAUGGGCUCAGGAGGAUCUACUGGAGGAACAGAGGGAAGGAGCACGAGCCAACGACAAGAAGAAAAGCCUCAUGGGACCACUAUCUGAGCUCGACGCCAAAGAUGUGGAUGCCCUGCUAAAGAAGUCAGAGUCCCAGCACGACCCCCCAGAGGAUGGCUGUCCCUUCGGUCCUCUCACACAGAGGCUCCUUCAGGCUCUUGUUGAGGAGAAUAUCAUAUCCCCCAUGGAGGAUUCUCCAGUCCCUGACAUAUUGGGGAAGGAUGGUGGGAACGAUGGGGCUGGGACCUCACCUCGCAACCAGGGCAAAGCUUUUAGUGUUCCUCACACACGCUCCCUAGAAGCGCGGAUCAAGGAGGAGCUGAUGUCUCAGGGGCUUCUGGAUUCUGAGGAACGGCCCGGAGCAGGCGGAGACUCAGAGGAUGAGGUGCUGGCUGAACUCCACAAGAGACAGGCUGAACUCAAAGCCCUGAGCGCCCACAACAGAUCCCGCAAGCAGGAGCUACUCCGCCUGGCAAAGGAGGAGAUGCGGAAGCAGGAGUUGCGGCAGAGGGUCCGGGUGUCGGAUAAUGAGGUCAUGGAGGGCUUCCGUCGCAUCAUGGCUGCUAGGCAGAAAAAACGAAUGCCAACAAAGAAGGAGAAAGAUCAGGCAUGGAAAGCACUGAAGGAGAGGGACAGCAUCCUCAAGCUGCUGGAUGGUUAGAGGGACAAUAGUUUAGGGUGGGAAUUAGAUGGGAUGGGGUAGGUUUUCAGUCUGCCAAUGAGUAUAUACUGUUGUAUGUGUCUGGUCAUAUGCUUCCAUGCUCUAGUGGCCAUAAGCAUUUGUGUUACUUUAUAAAACUCCCCAAUGGAAGUACAGUGAAUACCUACAAUGAUGUAGCAUGAUUGUCAUAGUUGUUGACACUCGAUGUUGAAAAUGGAGGUAUCUAUGUUUUUGUAUUGAUAAUUACUGUAUUUUUGCAUGAAUGUGCUAACUAAACUUUCAGUGCAUAUUCACUAUUGCAACAUCGUCACCAUAAGAGCUUAUGAUCAUUUAAUGUGCAUUGCUGGCGUUUUUUUUUUUUUUUUUUUUUUUUACUAAUAACUGAUAGUUUCCCACUGGCAUUUUCCAAGUUCUGUUGUCGAUUUUGUUUUAAUUUUAUUUUUAACGUUAUAUAGUGCAUUUCUUUUCUCUAGUAUGUAAAAACAAACUGAAUGUUUGAAUAAAUAAAUAUCAGAAAAAUGGUUGUGA